UAUCUGGUGCACCUAUCCCUCUGAAUUGUACUUUUGUGUUCUUUAGGUAAAUGCCUACUAGUGUGAUUGCUGGAUUGUAGGGUCAUUGGGCACUUUUUAUAAGCCAGGCCCAGGGUUGUUUGUUUUGUGGGGUUUUUUGGUAUAUUUUUUUCUCAUUUGAUUCUCCCAUAUUAUUAACCUCCAGUGAGGGAUAUUUAAAUUUCCACGUGUGGAAACCAUGACUCAGAGAGGCCCCCCAACCAUGAAGGGAUGAACGCAGGGCUGAACCCUGCUCUCUGUAUAUCGUCUUCAGCAGCCACACUGCCUCCCCUCAUAGUGCUUACAUCCCCUUGGAGGAUGGGGGUAACACAAAGAAGCCCAUCAUAGAAAGCCUUUCCUAACUGAUGUGUUCACUCUCCUCUUCUUUAGAAGCAUGUCCCUGAGCUGAGCGGGCACACUCCUAACAGCAGCCGGCGGUUUGCAGCCCAGGCAGCCGGGGGAUCCCCAAGGCCGUGAGGAACAAGAACCAGAAUGGAGCCCCAGGGUUAGUGCCCGCGGGAGGUGCGCAUGCUGGGCUCAGGAGGGGGCGGGGUGCAGAGGCCUGCCGUCCUGCCCACAUGGGCGCCCCGGAAGAGGGCAGGGGUCCCCAGAGUUGUGCAGCGCCACUACUGGACUGGAGAGGGUGCCUGCUGAGUCCCUGCGAGGAGCCCCGCUAGGCCGCAACGAUGACUGGUGUUUGGGACACCUCGGAGGCCAUCCCACAGGGCAAAGAGAAGCCCUAACCGAUCCUCGUACCCCAGGGCCGUGGCUGGCGAUGUGACUCAUCCCCGUGGUCAGGACGGCGCAGACCCCAGGCAGGGGCGAUUCCCGGGGAGGGUCUCACUCUGGGUCCAGCUCCACGCGGCACCAUGAACAAUAACUUCUGCCGGGCCCUGGUGGACCGGCGGUCCCUGGCGCCCCCCAGCUGCAUGCAGUUGGGCGUCGUGCCCCCUCCGCGCCGGGCGCCCCUGCCCCCCGCCGAGCCCCUGGGCAACGUGCCCUUGCUGCUGUACCCAGGCCCGGCCGAGCCGCAGUAUUACGACGCCUACGCGGGCGUGUUCCCCUACGUGCCCUUCCCCGGUGCUUUCGGGGUGUACGAUUACCCCUUCGAGCCCGCCUUCAUCCAGAAGCGCAACGAGCGCGAGCGGCAGCGGGUCAAGUGCGUCAACGAGGGCUACGCGCGCCUCCGCGGCCACCUCCCGGGCGCCCUGGCGGAGAAGCGGCUCAGCAAGGUGGAGACCCUGCGCGCCGCCAUCCGCUACAUCAAGUACCUGCAGGAGCUGCUGAGCGCGGCCCCCGACGGCGCGCAGCCCGCGGGCUCCCCGUCCGACUGCCCGGGCGACGGCGAGGCCCGAGGGGCCGCCUCCCUGGUGCCCGAGUCGUCCGAGUCUUCCUGCUUCUCCUCCUCGCCUUUCUUUGAGUCGGAGGAAUCCAGCCACUGAUCGGGGAUAGAGGGGGCACCACAGAGACCGGAGGAGCCCCGUCGGAGCAGUGAGGGCGCCGGGCCCCGGGAAGUUGCGGGUGCGCGCCGCGCCCGCUCCAGGCCUCAGGAGGGCAGCCCGGGACGGCCGUCCCUGGAUGGGUCUCCGUCUCCGCUUCAGCCCGCGGCGGGGUGGUGCCCAACCCGCAGUGGUGGCCCUGCCCCGUCCUCUGUCGCCACAGGCGCAACCCUGUGUCUGCGACUCCCUAGGAGGCCAGCCGGUCUUUGGUUUGGAUGAGCCGUGCCCUUGCCGUCCACGAGAUGGCCUCAAACACUAGCGUCCACUUUGGGAGCUGGCUUGCCACCCCCGCCUCCCACCCCACCUCGAUAGGAACCCAGAGGCCGCGGCGGAGGCCAGACUACUGCUUGCCCUCGGCCGAGAUCGAGAUCAGACUUGGGAAGAAGCCCAGAGAGGGCCUUGGUGGCGCCGUCUGGCUUCCCUGAUGGAGGGCUAGGAUCCACCCCCAGCCCUAACCUCCUGGUGUAGCCUUUUCAUAUUUCCCACCCCCCGAGGUUGUGUGAGGACUGUGUUUUUUUUCCCUUCAGCCUGUAUCCCUCUGUGGGCAGUGGGACCAUAUGGCACAGUGUUUGUACCAAGAGGCUAAAUAAAA